GAGUUCUUCCCUGGGCAGGGCAGGGCAGAGCAGAGUUGUUGUCUUCUGAGUUGUGCUGCUGCUGAAUAAUUGUCUCCAGCUUGGAUUUGCAGAGAAAGAGAAAACAGGAAGAAGGGUUUCGCAAUUGGCUAAUUAACGAAAUGGAUCCUUUCCAUCACCACCACCAGAGGUACGUUCAACGCCCUCAUCCUCCUCCUCCUCCUCCUCCGAACUUUCCCGAUUCCCCCAAUUGCUUUAACCACCGCCCGCCGCCGCCGCCGCCACCUCAUCCAAAUCUUCAUCCACCACUGCCGCCACCUCGCCAUUACCAUCAUCGCCUCCCUCCUCCACCCCCUCCCCGUCGCUUUUCCUUCCACCCCGAAAACCCCCAAUUCUUCGAUUUCGUUAAGAAUCGCGAUUCCCCACCAACACCCCACUCUAUCCCAACUCUAGAGCCCUGGUCGGACCUAUCCCCUAGGUUUCCGCCGCCUCAGCCUCUUCAUCACCGCCAAACCCCUUUUUUGCUGCCCCUCAAUGACCAGACUGAUAAUUCUAGGUUCAUCAGAGAUGAUCGUGUUAUUAAGAACAAUGGAUUCAGAGCUAACCGCUCUAUCGCCAAUCAAGAACCGCUAUGGGGACGCAAAGAUAGUGGCUUUGAUGACGACGAUGAUGUUGAUAAGUUCCGAUUUAAAUCGGGAUUCCAGAGGCCAUCAAUCCAACAUAGACUUGAUAUUAGGGAUGACAGAGAGGAAGACCUAAGAUGGGGCUAUCGAGAUGUUAAUGAUGUUCUAGACUCCUCGUCUAGGAGGUUGUCCUUAGAUAAUAGUAGCUAUGGUUAUGAUCAGAGGAGGUUUAGCAAUAGGGUGAGAGAGGGUGUAGAAGAAUAUCGUAGGUCACCCAGGAACAAGUAUAUGCAGAAAAAGAGUGCACCGCUUAGGAUACAAUUAGGAAAGACUAAUAAUAGGAUUAGAUACCAGGACCGCCAUUACUCAAGAGGGUUUGUUGAUAAUUCAAGUUUAGCUGGUUCGAGGGGAAAGGAGAAAGAUGGUAAUGCACGGGCAGGUAAAAGAGUUGAGGAGAGGGAGAGCAGUCCUGUGGAGCUUGAUGUUUCAUUUAAAUCUAAUGCACUUGUGGCAAAGCCUAUUGUGGCUCCAUCCAGUCCAGCAGUUGAAUCUGAUAAAAAUCUUACACCUAGAGUUCCUAAGGCUAGGAAACUUAGGAUGUCUGGCUCACCGCCUACCAAGUGGAGUGAAGAUUUUGGCAAAUGUGAAAAUUCAGCAAAUGGGUCAGAUUGUCCAUUGAAUUAUGAGAAACGUUCAAGGGAAUUGGAGGAUAAUGUUUCUGGCACUGAGAAGGCAUCUACUAGUGUCAACAAUGCCUGCAUUCCUAUGAAGAAUACGGUUUUGGAUCGGGGUACGAAUGCUAUUGGAAAUGAUGGAAGUCCUCUGAGAAAAAUUAGGCACAAGAAGAAAGUUAUGACCUCUGUCAUGGAGAAAACCGGUUUGUUGCAGAAAGAGUCUGGGGUUAAUCCUGUUAGUGCAAAUAGAUCUUCAAACAAUCCGUCAUCAGUCUCUCAACUGGAUGAUGAUACCAUACAUGAAGAGGAGAGAGUUGUAUCUCAUGGUAUGAAUGAAGUGCAGGAUUUUGAUUUGGUGCAUUCUUCUAAUGAAGAACUAGUUACUAACAAGAUUCAUGAAUCUUCGGAGCCUGUUGUCUCUGCUAGAGAUGAUUCUAGUAGGCCUUUUAACUCCAAGAGAAAAAGGGCCUGUUUGUCUGUAAUCGCUGUUUCUGAAAGCCAAGUGGACACUAAGAUUAGUGAACAUGCUCAUCCAGAAAGCAGAUCACUUGAUAACUAUCCUCUGUUCAAUUCUAAGACAAGUAUAGUUGAACCACAUAAGAGCCCUACUGGCUCCAGCAUUGAUAAGGAACAUGAUUAUGAAGAGAAGCCUUGUCAGAAUGCUGAUUUGAUGAUUGAAACCAAUCUUGUUCAAGAAUCUACUGGGCAUAUGCUUUCAAUGGAAAACAAUGGCUGUGCUCACAUCUCAAGCUCUGAGGAAACCAUGAUUCAUAAGGAUGGCAUGAACGUACUGUCCUUAACUGCAGAUGCAUGUGCAGCUUCAGAGUCUCUUCAGAGAUUUUCUAAAAGUCCAGAAAAUGUUCUUGAUGUGGGAUAUCUGCAUGCAGGUUCUGAGCAAUUCUUUGUCAAUAGUUUGACUAUUCCUCAUACAGAUGGUAUAAGCAAAGAGCCUCCAGAUAGUUUUUUCUUGGUCAGAGAUGUUAGUAAUGCCUGUUCAUUGAGUGCUGAGAAAACAAUAGUUCAUCAAGGCUUGUCAAGUGUGAGUUGCUCCAACCCUUGUUCCAGUACCAGCACAAAUUCUAAUGUUAGUGGUCCUUGUACUGGGAUUAUAAGUGUUUCUCAGAGCUUUUUUCCCAAUGAUAUUAUUAGAAAAUCAGGUGCUGAUGGUGACAUAGCAUCUCUUGAUAUAGGCCGUUGUAAUGUUUCUCCACUACCUUCGAUUGGUGUUGAAGAUUGUCAUGACCUGUGCUUGGGUAGGGAAUAUUCACUUGAGGCUAACAGGAAGAGGAAAGCAAGGGAUAUUCAGUUGAACUUCUCCAGUCCGAGGACAAGUGACACACCCAUAAAUUUAUGCAGUCCUCUAGACUUGAGUAAGGGAAUGAAUUGUGUCGAGGAAGACAAAGUUACAGCUCCUGAAAAUGCAGACAACUCUUCAUAUAGAGGCCAGUUACAUGAAGGAUCUUCAAGGAAUGACAUUUCAGUACGAGGGGAUCUUGGAACUGGUUCAUAUGUUACUACUCCCAAGAAUCUAAAGAAAAGGAAGUGCUCCUCCCCUGCAUUGGGUCACACUAUUCUUUCUGAAACUUUUGAGGGACUUGAUGAAGUUAAUAUGCCAGAACCACCAACAGAAGAGCUUUCCAUUGGAGACAAUGCUAUUACAUGCACUGUGUCUCAAGUAGAAAAUUGUUGUGCUGCUCUGUCACCGUGUAUCCAACCAAUGAUCACAUUGCAUGAUAAUAGCACUAAUCGAGGAUCAUUUUUGGGUGAAUCCGAUGGAGAUGGAUUUUUGGGGUACUUGUCAAAACUUGAGCAGGUGCCAUCUUUCCCCUCUGAUAUGGGAGCUGGUGAAAAGGAAUCUACUUCAGUUGUGUCCAAGGGCAACAAUCAGGAUGGUCCUCUGGGUAUGGCAACCAAGAUAUGUGAGGAAAAGUUUACCUCUUCUAUGGAUGAUAUGGUGCCGACUGAAGGAGAUGGUGAAUGCCACAAUGGUUUAUCUACUUCAAAUUUCAGUGAUGAAAUGACAGGUCCUAUUCCUGAUGCUUCAACUAUUAAGUCAUCACCGUUUCAAGUAUCCAAUGAAGUUGAUUCUGAGGUAGACCCAACUGAUAAUGAGCUGAUUGUUUCUUCUGGCGAUAUAUUAUCUUUUUCUGUGAAAACAUCCUCAGACAAUUCUAAAGUUGAUGGUUAUGCAGUUAAUGCAAUUAGUUCAAAUCAUCCUAUGAAAAUAACUGCAUCACCUUCACCCCCAGAGAGUUAUAAACCAUCAACAGUUUCCAUUUCAUCAUCACAGCCAGACACUUUUAAACCACCCCAAAGUUUGAAAUCUGUGCCAAGUAAAUCAAUUUUGAGUAAGAACAAGAUGAGCCCUGUUCUCCCCAGGGGUUACUCUGGCAGUUCAUCAGUAAGUUUUAUCACUUCAAGGAAAGCUGCCCUACCCACCCAUGUUGCAAAACCACGAACAUGGCAUCGAACUGGUAAUUCCUCUUCUGUCACAGGUUCGGUGUCUAUAGUCAGCUCCAUUCCUCCACGGAGUCAGUCACCAAAUGACACUAUGAACAUCCGUAAUUCUUACAUUCGCAAGGGUAAUAGUCUUGUAAGAAAUCUUUUAAACACUGGUACUGUGGCACAUGGAUAUCAUGCUUCAAGUUCCUCUGUUUAUAGACUGAACUCCUCAAGUAUAAAGGAUGGUAAGAAGUUCAAAAGUGAUAAUGUGGUGGACACUUCUGAUCCAUCAAGUUGCACAAAAACUUCUGGAUCAAAUACUCUUUCUCAGAGGCUCAACUGCAAGCCAUUAAAUUGCACUAGUAACAACUUAGGCAAUCCAACGCCUUUGCCAGUAGCUGAUCAGUCUGGAAGUGGUAGCCUUGGUAGGGAAUUGGAUGGGUUGGAAUUGACAGCAGUAAUGAGUGUGCAAAAGUGUUCUGAGGAUGCUGCCAAAUCUUUUCAAUGUCUAGCUGAUUCAGUCAACAAAUUAGAAAUCCAGAACACAUCAGAUGAAGGCAAUUCAAGAAAGAAGCUGCUAUAUUUGAAGCGAAGAUCAAAUCAACUAGUUGCAGCUCCAGAUACUACCCCAACGUCAUCAUCUGAUGGCUAUUAUAAAAGGAGAAAAAAUCAGCUGGUUCGGACAAUAACAGAAAACCAUGUCAAACAAGGAGCUGCUGUCGUUGAUGAUGGCUUGAACUCAGAGAGGCAGGUUGCUGAGAAGGCUAUUACCAAGAAGCAGACUGUUUUACCAAAUGUACAUAACCGUUCAAAGUUCUCUUUGGUAUGGACAUUAAAUGGUACGAAAUCAUCAAGGGAAGAUGGUAGUUCUUUUAAUCAUAAAGUCCGGCCCUACAUGUUUCCAUGGAAAAGAGCUACAAAUUUGAGGAGUUUUGUCCAAAGCUUAGGUUCAAUUCCAAAUGAUCAUUCUAUAUCUACCAUCAGGCAAAAGCUACUGUUCUCAAGAAAGAGAGAUACUGUCUACACCAGAUCGGCCUAUGGGCUCUCUCUGCGAAGGUCCCAAGUAUUGAGUGUUUGUGGCGCUAGCUUGAAGUGGUCAAAAUCUAUUGAGAGAAACUCAAGAAAAGCUAAUCAGGAAGCUACACUAGCAGUUGCUGCUGCAGAGAAGAGGAAAAGGGGACAAAACAGUAUUGCCCCUUCUAAUUCGAAUCGAAGAAAUAAUGUUUCUCGAGAGAGGAUUUUCCGUAUUGGUUCAGAACGCUACAAAAUGGAUCCAACGGGGAAAACACUUCAGAGGAUCUCAAGUGAUGAGGAACCAGCAGAGGAUGUUCCCCAAUCUGAGAGUAAUGCAAAGACAUCUUAUAUUCCAAGGAGAUUACUGAUUGGUAAUGAUGAAUAUGUGCGCAUUGGCAAUGGCAAUAAGUUGGUCAGAAAUCCAAAAAGAAGAGUCCGCAUCCUGGCAAACCAGAAAGUCCGAUGGAGUUUGCACACUGCUAGGUUGCGGUUGGCCAAGAAGAAGAAGUAUUGCCAGUUUUUCACUAGGUUUGGCAAAUGUAACAAGGAUAAUGGGAAAUGUCCUUACAUCCAUGAUCCCUCUAAAAUCGCAGUCUGCACCAAAUUUCUUAGUGGGUCAUGCUCCAAUCUUGAUUGCAAAUUGACUCACAAGGUCAUUCCUGAGAGAAUGCAAGAUUGCUCAUAUUUUUUGCAAGGAUUAUGCUCUAAUGAGAGUUGUCCUUAUAGACAUGUAAAUGUGAAUCCAAAUUCAUCUGUUUGUGAAGGUUUUCUCAGGGGUUACUGUUCUGAUGGAAAUGAGUGCCGGAAGAAACACACAUAUGUCUGCCCUGAUUUUGAAGCAACUGGGAAUUGCCCUCAAGGUUCAAAGUGCAAGCUUCACCAUCCAAAAAACAAAAGGAAGGGAAUAAGACGGGAGGGAGCAUUAGCUUGUAAUGAAAAGAAGAAUGAUCGAGGUCGUUAUUUUGGUUCUCCGCAUAUUGAUAUCAGUGAGUGCAUACGCGCUGUAUCAGAGGAUAAGUCCUCCGACGAGGACUUUUUCUUUAAAGAAGGCAGGUUUGUUGACUUUAUUAGCUUAGAUGCCAAUGUUGAAGAGCAGCAGAUAAUUGAUCAGAGUAGUGUGGAAAGAUGUGAGGAGGGUGGCCCUUUGCAUUUGCAAAUUGCUGCUGCUGCUGCUGAUUUUGAUGAACUGAUCAAACCCAUUCGGCUAAUAAACCGGAACAGAACUGUAGAUUCUUCAUCCAUGGGCACUGACAGCCCUAGUGAGAUGAGCACAAGUUAUGAUGUUUCAGAAGAGUCCCAUUCCCAUUGUUGUAAGAAUGAGUUGUUGUAGUUAAGUAGUGGCAGAACAAAACAAUUUUUGUAGGUAGUAGGUAAUAAUAGGUAGUAGGCUUAGCUCAUUAUACUUUAGUUGGGGUUAGGUUGUAGGAGGAGAGGAUUAGGCAGGCAAAGUUUUAGUUUACAUUGUCAUUUGAAUUGAAUUGUAGAAAGCAAUACAAAUUUGUAGUAUUUCUGCUUGCUUAUCUAUCUUCCAGCUUGUGUUUC